AUGAAAUUAAAAGAAUAUAUGGUUAAAGGUAAAUAUAAUUUUACAAAAUCCAGUAAAUAGAUAAUAAUAAUUAAAUCAUUGUAUGAAUAAGUUUGUAAUUUUCUCAAACAAUAUUAUAUUAAUACUAUACCAUUUUCAUUAAAUUGACAUUAAGUAGACUAAAUUGAGGAGUAGUAUUAGGUAUUUCUUAUACUUAUAUUUUUUGAAUCUAUGGCAUGGUGUUUCUCUGUAAGUUUAAAUUACCUAAUUUGUAUGAGAGAUUGGGGGAUGAUCAACUAGUAAAGUAUUAAUCAUUAUGUCCAUUUUUAACAUAGCAAUACCAAUUACUAUCUAUACAUUUGUGAUGAUGACAAAUAAUAAAUACAAUAAAAUAACUUCACUAAUAAAUCCAAAUAUCUUUGGUGAAAUUAUAGUUGUAAUCAAUACAUAAUAAUGAUACGGAGAUUGUAAUUUUGUUUUAAACUUAUAAAGAUAACAUUAUAAUAGGUAGUCAAAUGUUCCUAUUAUAAUUUCAAGAUUGUUUUUUACUAAUGGUUCUAAAAAUCGUUAAAGGAGUACCAUGACAAUGAUUUAUUUAUAGUAUAACACCCUCUUAAUAUUCCAAAAUUCGUAAUUAAACAAAUAGUAUAAAUGAUUCACUCAGUGAUAAUAGUAGAUCUGAUACCGAAAAUCUGAAUUUUUUUUUUACAUUUAUCAUUUAAACAUCAACCAGAUUCAAUAAUAUAGAUAUAAAUUAUUCAUUCAUGUUACAGAUUUAUAGUUUUUGAGAGAAAAAGACAAGUAAAAUAUUAUAAUUGUUUUAAAAUUGAAUUAUGUAUUUAAUUAAUGAUUCAUAUAAUAAACAAAAUUAUAAUAUUAUGUUUGCAAUAUAAAAUAAAAAAAUGUAAAAUAAUAGUCAGUUAGAAGCCAGUCAUGCAAGAAAAUGUUGAUGUACGUAAUGAGAAUUUUGCUAAUUCACACAUACUAUCAUAGACCAUAAUAACCUAACCAUCGUAAACUGAUGAAUGUCAAAAAUGUCGCUGAUGACAUUAUUGAUUUAAGAAAUGGUUUUAAAAUAAUUUGUUCAAAUACCUAUUUUAAUCAAUUGGUUUUGUUUACAGUACAUAUUACCAAAAAACUUUGUAUUAAUGGAACAACUAAGGUUGGAAUAUCUAAAAUGAAAGUUGAUACAUUUUUUACAAAUUUUCAAAUUCAAAGUGAGCAGAUUUAUUAACAUUAUUAUUAUGUAUUAUUGUGUACAGGGUAAUUCUUUUAUUAUUAAAGACUCAUUAUUUUGCAAACUAUUGACUUUCAAAAAAAAAAUUUAAGAAACAAGCAGCUCUAAAAUGUUAUAUUUACAUAAUUAUUUUUCAUCUUUAAUUAUGGAGAUGAAGCAACUAUUAACUUUUGAUUUUCAAACAGUAACCUACAUUAAAAGUUCCAUAAGUAGGUAGCAUAUUAGUUUAAAUGAAAUUUUGGUAUUGAAAUGUUUGAUUUCCAUCAACUCAUUCACAAGAUAUUUGAGUUUUAAGUUUUUAUAGGGGAAAUUAGUGGAGUAUUAUUUGUGUGGUACUAUGACACACAGCAUUUAAAUAGUAUUCAAUGGAUUUUUCUUUAAUAGUAUCUUAAAUGGGUUGACUCCAGGGGUAUACUCAGGCAUUUUUUAUAGGGUGGGUUCAACAUUUUAUUUUAUUUUAUUUUUAAUAAUUAUAGUUAAAUUAAUAACCAACCGAUUGCUAUUAAUAACUAGUAUUACUUCCUAUUCUAGUGCAAUAUUUAAAAACACUUGGAAUUCAGUGUUUUUUAAUAUGCCCUAUGUAAUGCACAUUGUGUUAUUUAAUUGUGUCUACUUUUUGCAGUGAGUAUUCCUAUCCACUGCCAACCAGAGCACAAUAUAUAA